CUUUGUUUCUGAAGUAGCAGUAAACGGUUUUCUUUAUUCUAAUUGCUUUCAGUAAAUGACGAAGCUAAAGGUUUCAAAGAUUAAUUUUUUUUUUAAAUAUUGAUUUUUGAAAGUGUGCAGUAUUAAAAGUACAAUUGGAAAAACAAUGUUGGUGUGAACCAUACUGUCGGGGACUGAAUUGCAAUCUUUUCUUUCUCCGUGUAGGCUGAUCAGCUGACCGAAGAACAGAUUGCUGAAUUCAAGGAAGCUUUCUCCCUAUUCGACAAAGAUGGUGACGGCACCAUCACAACAAAGGAACUUGGAACUGUCAUGAGGUCACUGGGUCAGAACCCAACAGAAGCUGAAUUGCAGGAUAUGAUCAACGAAGUGGAUGCUGAUGGUAAUGGCACCAUUGACUUCCCAGAAUUUUUGACUAUGAUGGCUAGAAAAAUGAAAGACACAGACAGCGAAGAAGAAAUCCGCGAGGCAUUCCGAGUCUUUGACAAGGAUGGCAAUGGUUACAUCAGUGCAGCAGAACUACGUCACGUCAUGACAAACUUAGGAGAAAAACUAACAGAUGAAGAAGUAGAUGAAAUGAUCAGAGAAGCAGACAUUGAUGGCGAUGGGCAAGUCAACUAUGAAGAAUUCGUACAGAUGAUGACUGCAAAAUGAAGACGUACUUUCAACUCCUUUCCCCCUCCUCUAGAAGAAUCAAAUUGAAUCUUUUACUUACCUCUUGCAAAAAAAAAAAAAAAAAAGUUCAUUUAUUCAUUCUGUUUCUGUAUAGCAAAACUGAAUGUCAAAAGUAUCUUCUGUCCACACACACAAAAAAAAAAACUGCAUGUAUUGGUUGGUGGUCGUGUCCCCUAAAGAUCGAGCUACACCUCAGUUUUACAAUAUAAAUACUUGUACUAUUCCUUAAUGAUAAGGAAGCACUUAGUGGACUCCUUAAAUUUCCAUUUGCUAAUGAUUAAUACACUGUUUGGGCUGGCCAGUUUUUCAUGCAUGCAGCUUGAUGAUUGAGCACAGUCAGGCAUUUGUAUUAAAAACGAACAACGAAAAAAAUUCAAAACCU